UCAAGUUGCUGUCAUCCCUGAGUGACAUAUACUACGCAUACUACGUUUAUCGGCGACAGGCUUCUGUUGUUUUUGUUUGAGUAAUUAGGACGACUUUAAGAACCAAUUUAGCCAAAGUGCGAAUCGAAUAAAAUGGAGAAACCACAGAAAAUGCCUAAAGUGGCUAAGGUGAAGAAUAAAGCUCCAGCUGAGAUCCAAAUCACUGCGGAGCAGUUGUUGCGCGAGGCCAAAGAACGUGACUUGGAAAUCCUUCCACCGCCACCAAAGCAAAAAAUUUCCGAUCCAGCCGAAUUGGCUGACUAUCAGCAACGGAAGCGUAAAGCAUUUGAAGACAAUUUGCGCAAAAAUCGCAUGGUCGUGAGCAAUUGGAUCAAAUACGCUCAAUGGGAAGAAUCACAAAAGGAAAUCCAGCGAGCCCGCUCGAUCUGGGAACGUGCACUGGACAACGAUCACAAAAACAUUACCAUUUGGCUGAAGUACGCCGAAAUGGAAAUGAAGAAUCGACAGGUGAAUCAUGCUCGGAAUCUGUGGGAUCGGGCCGUGACCAUACUGCCGAGAGUCAAUCAAUUCUGGUACAAAUACACGUACAUGGAGGAGAUGCUGGAAAAUGUUGCCGGCGCUCGACAAGUAUUCGAACGCUGGAUGGAAUGGCAACCGGAAGAACAAGCCUGGCAAACGUACAUCAAUUUCGAACUGAGAUACAAGGAAAUCGAUCGGGCGAGAAAUGUCUACGAGAGAUUUGUGAUGGUACAUCCGGAGGUGAAGAACUGGAUCAAAUAUGCGCGCUUCGAAGAGAAUCACGGUUACAUCAGCGGUUCGCGAACGGUGUUUGAACGGGCAGUCGAAUUUUUCGGCGACGAUAACAUUGAGGAGCGUCUGUUCAUUGCAUUCGCCAGAUUCGAAGAAGAUCAGAAGGAGCACGACCGAGCCAGAGUGAUUUACAAAUAUGCUUUGGACCAUCUGCCCAAGGACCGGACAGCCGAACUAUACAAAGCCUACACCGUUCACGAAAAGAAAUUCGGUGACCGGUCCGGCAUCGAAGAUGUUAUUGUGUCCAAGCGAAAAUUCCAGUACGAACAAGAGGUGGCCGACAAUCCCAGCAAUUACGACAGUUGGUUCGACUAUUUGCGAUUGGUGGAGAACGAAGGUAAUAGUAAAACCAUUCGCGAAACAUACGAACGCGCUAUCGCCAAUGUGCCACCGAGCAAGGACAAGAAUUUCUGGCGUCGAUACAUUUAUCUGUGGAUCAACUAUGCCCUGUACGAAGAAAUCGAAGAAGAGCACGAGGAACGGACAAGACAAAUUUACAAAACUUGCCUCGAUCUCAUUCCGCACAAACUGUUCACGUUCAGCAAAGUUUGGCUGCUGUACGCUCAGUUCGAAAUUCGCUGUAAGAAUCUGCCAGUCGCUCGGAAGGCACUGGGCGCAGCUAUUGGUAUGUGUCCACGAGAUAAACUCUUUCGCGGUUACAUCGAACUGGAGAUUCAGUUGCGUGAGUUCGAUCGUUGUCGCAUUUUGUACGAGAAAUUCCUCGAAUUCGGACCGGAAAACUGCAUAACUUGGAUGAAAUUUGCCGAAUUGGAGAGUUUGCUCGGUGAUGUGGAACGUGCGAGAGCCAUUUUCGAGUUAGCAGUGAACCAGCCACGUCUGGACAUGCCCGAACUGCUGUGGAAGGCGUACAUUGACUUUGAGGUGUCCCAAGGCGAGACCGAACUCGCCCGUCAGCUGUACGAACGGCUGUUGGACCGAACCGUUCACGUCAAAGUGUGGAUUUCAUUCGCCAAAUUCGAAUUGAUGUCCGACUCCGAAGACAACAUGAACAUCGAUCUGGCACGUCGUGUGUACGAACGUGCAAACGACUAUCUGCGGAACGGUGCUGAAAAGGAAUCGCGUGUAGUGUUGCUGGAAGCGUGGCGAGACUUCGAAAUGCAACACGGCAACGAAAACACUUACAACAAGGUGAUCGAGAAAAUGCCCAGACGUGUGAAGAAGCGACAGAAAAUCGUUUCGGACAGUGGCAUCGACGAAGGCUGGGAGGAGGUGUUCGAUUACAUUUUCCCGGAGGAUGAAAUGGCACGACCGAAUCUGAAACUAUUGGCGGCAGCAAAGAAUUGGAAAAAGGCUAAAGAGACGACGACGACGACGACUACGAAUGAUGAGACGGAAGCGACUACAUCUGAGGAAUAAUAAAGAAGAAAAUUUUCGGUUCGUA